AUGAAGAAAUAUCUUAUGGCCGAAGAUCAAAAAACUUAUUCAUAUGGCCGCGAAAUGCCACUAAUAUUUAUUGGCGGUGUUCCCAGAUCAGGAACGACGCUGAUGCGCGCCAUGUUGGAUGCACAUCCGGAUGUGAGAUGUGGCCAGGAGACACGUGUCAUACCGCGUAUACUGCAAUUACGCUCCCACUGGAUGAAAUCGGAGAAAGAAUCGAUGCGACUGUUGGAGGCGGGCAUCACCAAGGAGGUGAUGAACAGUGCCAUAGCGCAAUUCUGCCUCGAAAUCAUCGCCAAACAUGGUGAACCAGCACCACGACUAUGCAACAAGGAUCCGUUGACGCUGAAGAUGGGCUCCUACGUGAUAGAACUUUUUCCAAAUGCGAAAUUCUUGUUUAUGGUACGAGAUGGGCGCGCCACUGUGCAUUCAAUCAUCUCGCGGCACGUAACGAUAACCGGCUUCGAUCUGACCAGCUAUCGGCAAUGUAUGCGGAAGUGGAACACCGCCAUCGAAGUGAUGCACAACCAGUGCAAGGAGAUUGGCAAGGAGCGCUGCAUGAUGGUUUAUUAUGAACAGUUGGUUCUGCAUCCAGAAGAAUGGAUGCGAAAAAUAUUAAAAUUCCUCGAUGUACCUUGGAAUGAUGCGGUGUUGCACCACGAAGAAUUCAUCAACAAGCCAAAUGGUGUGCCGCUGUCAAAAGUCGAGCGUUCCUCGGAUCAGGUCAUCAAGCCAGUAAAUUUGGAAGCGCUAUCCAAAUGGGUGGGCAACAUACCCGAUAAUGUGGUGCGUGAUAUGGCCGAUAUUGCGCCAAUGUUGUCCAUUCUCGGCUAUGAUCCCUAUGCGAAUCCACCGGAUUAUGGUAAGCCAGAUGCUUGGGUACAGGAUAAUACAUUUAAGGUAUGUAUGUACUGCAGACUUUUCGCCAGUUAAUGCCUCGUUAAUUUGUGUGUUUAGUUUUGUUUUCCUUUACAUGUUUGUGGACACUGUUCGAAAAUGUUCAUCUUUGUUUUUUACGCAGCAUUCAUUGAUUCACUCAGUUUCCCCCAUCAUAAAAAAUAAUUUUUUUUUUUAAAUGAGUUAUUCACUUACCAAAUAGCAGGCGUUCGUAACGUCUUUUUCACGUUAAAUGCGAUUCGUUAUUUCAUAUUGCGCACAAACUCGGUAAUUUAUUUAGUUAUUCACUCUCACUUUAUACGUGCAUACUUACAAACAUACAAACAUAUUUAUUUGGCUUACUUCCAGUCCAUUAAAUACGAAUUUCCGUUUCUAUGAAUAAAAUUUCAGCGCAUACAUCCCCACGUACAUACAUAUGUAUGUAAUUUGUACAUUUGUUAUAAGAUAUCUACUAAAACGGAUAGACAGUUGUUUAAGCAAAGUGCAUGUGAAUUUGCAUGUGUGCGUUAAGCGAUUUACAAUUCAAAUCUUUGAUUAUGGAUUUUAUAAUGGCAUUUCUCAAAUAUCCUUCCAUGCAGAGUAUUGCAUUAAAACAUUCACAAAGUCACACUCACACAUACAUAUGCAUAGUCCGUACUCUACUUUCAUUGUCGGAAUUCAUCUAACAUUUGGGUUAUGACAUGCUUUUUCGCAUUCCUCACAUUCUAUAAAGCAAUUUUUUUGACAACGUAAUGAAUUCGUAGUAUAGAAGAAAUGCACAUAGCCAUCGCCAGUUUAUAAAAAAAACCGAGAGUAAAUUUUGAGUUCUAAAAAGUUUUUUGAGUAAGUACAAUCGAUCGAUUGGCUGUAACGUGAGAAUCCACAGCUUCAAAGUCUUUAAAGUCACAAAUCACACUUCAAACCAAUAAUAAAUGAAAAUAUCUGUUAGAAAAAGAAGAUUUUAUUGUGAUAGAAAAACUCGAAAGAAAAAAGGGAACGGAUUGUUGACAAAACCGUGCGGCAUUGCUUUUUUUUUUAAAACAAGUGCAAUUUACGUUGAUUUCUUGUUGCAGAAGGUCUUGCGGAAUUUAUUUCAUAAGAAAAUUCAUAUUCAUAUAUAUGGAAAAAGGGCAAAACACGUCAGAAAAAAACAGAUUAUUAAAAAUUAACGCGAUUUUUUAACCGC